AUGCGUGCUUUACCCAUAUACACCAAAACAUUCAUGUUAAAAAUUAAAGAAGUUCUGAUGAAACAUCAUGAUGCGUGGUUUGAGUACCAGUCCAUAUUCAACUGCAAAAAUACUCGAAGUGAGGAAAAAGCCAAUGGCGGAGCCACUUUUGUUAGCACUGUGCUCGACAAGAUGACUGUCCCCACAGUUCUGAGUAACAGUGUCCGUUCUUUGUUUGAGAAGCUUCCGGAUCUACCCUAUCUGCUCCAGCGAAAUGGACUUUGCACCUCUUGUAUCAUUUGUCUCCAGGAGUCAUGGUUCAAUGGUGAAGAGAAUGAUUCCGGGGUCUAA